AUGGCUCAUUUUGCCCCUCUAGCAAAAACACUAUUGCUUUUAGUAGUCUUAAAUGUCCGGCAGUGCCUUUGCCAGAACAGCACCCCAACCGCAUAUACGGACAACUCAACAGGUAUUACUUUCGAUACAUGGACCGUGCCGGAUAGCGCAAAUGGUGGCGGCAGUGUCUCUGUCUUGGGUGGUCUCACCUUCGGCGUUGCGCUACCUGAGAAUGCCUUAACGGCCAAUGCAACUGAACUCAUAGGAUACCUAAAAUGCGGUUCGAAUGGCACAACUACCAAUGCGUGGUGCGGUUUGUCGUUUGGGGGAACAAUGACGAACAGCUUGCUUCUCAUGGCUUGGCCAUACGAAGACCAAGUAUUGACGUCGUUUCGUUUUGCCAGUGGAUAUACUGCUCCAGAUGUUUACACCGGCAAUGCUACAUUAACUCAGAUAUCAUCAACCAUCGAUGAAAAUCAUUUUAGUGUCAUCUUCAGAUGUCAAGACUGUUUAGCCUGGAACCAAGACGGGGCGUCAGGCUCUGCAUCGACUAGUAGCGGCGCUUUGGUUCUGGGAUGGGCUAGUUCGCUCAACGCUCCAACGAACCCAGCCUGCCCUGCUGAUAUCGCCCUCCAAUUCCACAGUAAUGGUGACAGCAUAUGGAGCGCCACUUUAGAUCAGAACGCUGCUAACCCGUCCUAUACCGAAUGGGUUUCUCAAGCCACUGCUACCGUUACUGGUAGCUGCGGGACGUCAACACCCACUACCACUACAUCUGUAAGCACAACUGCUACUAGCGCUACAGGCGUGCCCGUCCCAACGGCUACUUACGAUUAUAUCGUAGUUGGCGCAGGAGCUGGCGGGAUCCCCCUAGCAGAUAAAUUGAGCGAGGCUGGAAAUAGCGUCUUGCUCAUUGAAAAGGGACCUCCAUCCUCUGGACGAUGGGGGGGAUCGCUCAAGCCAGACUGGUUAGAUGGCACCAACUUGACCCGAUUCGAUGUGCCCGGUCUAUGUAACCAGAUAUGGGUUGACUCUACAGGUAUCGCUUGCACUGAUACGGAUCAGAUGGCAGGCUGUGUGCUCGGUGGGGGGACAGCUAUCAAUUCAGGGUUAUGGUGGAGGCCAUAUUCUUUGGAUUGGGAUUAUAACUUCCCCACAGGGUGGCAGUCAACGGAUAUGGCCGCCGCAACCACGCGAGUUUUCUCUCGAAUUCCAGGCACAUACACUCCAUCGAUGGAUGGCAAGCUGUAUUAUCAGCAAGGCUUUGAAGUUAUUAGUGGCGGUUUGAAGACUGCUGGGUGGUCUGGAGUCACUGCGAACGACGUACCCGAUGAGAAGAACCACACCUACUCGCACACACCAUUUAUGUUUUCUGGCGGUGAAAGGGGUGGCCCAAUGGCUACUUACCUAGUCUCUGCUAGUGGACGUAAGAACUUUAAUCUAUGGAUGAACACAGCAGUGAAGAGAGUGGUCCGAACUGGUGGCCAUAUUACUGGUAUAGAGGUUGAACCAUUCCUAGAUGGUGGUUAUACAGGUGUUGUCAACGUCACACCAGUUACUGGCCGCGUCAUCUUGUCUGCUGGAACAUUUGGGUCAGCUAAGAUACUAUUAAGAAGUGGAAUCGGACCAGCGGAUCAAUUGGCUAUCGUCCAGUCAUCCACUGAUGGUCCAUCGAUGAUCUCAAACAGUUCUUGGAUCAAUUUGCCCGUUGGAUACAACCUGGAAGAUCACACAAAUACCGAUACUGUCAUCACGCAUCCCGAUGUGGUCUUCUAUGAUUACUAUGGAGCUUGGGACGCCCCAAACACUACAGACAUGGAUAAGUAUAUAGAUUCCCGGUCUGGUAUGCUCGCCCAAGCAGCUCCAAACAUUGGUCCAAUGUUCUGGGAUGAAAUCACAGGCGAUGAUGGAAUUGUGCGUCAGCUUCAAUGGACUGCUAGAGUUGAAGGAAGCGAUGGUACACCUAGCGGAACUGCUAUGACUAUGAGCCAGUAUCUUGGACGCGGUGCCACAUCGAGGGGUCGAAUGACUAUCACGAAGGCCUUGACUACUGUCGUCUCCACGCUACCCUACCUGCACGAUAAGAACGAUGUCCAAGCUGUCAUUCAGGGGAUAAAAAACCUUCAAUCAGCACUUUCAAAUGUCAAGAAUCUCACUUGGACUUAUCCUUCAUCCAACACGACGGUCGAGGACUUCGUUAAUAAUAUGCUCGUCUCGUACACCAAUCGGCGCGCAAACCAUUGGAUUGGGACUAAUAAACUCGGAACUGAUGAUGGCCGAGUAAACGGCUCAGCCGUGGUGGAUCUCGAUACUAGGGUCUACGGCACGGACAACUUGUUUGUCGUUGACGCCAGUAUCUUCCCUGGCCAAGUCACCGCUAACCCGUCAGCAUAUAUCGUUAUCGCCGCUGAGCACGCGUCAGAGAGGAUCCUGAACUUGACGCUGCCCGAGGCGCAACCGCAAUCUGUGCAAUGCGGUGGGCUCAACUGGACCGGCAGCUUUCAGUGCGCAUCGCCAUACACUUGCAAAUACCAGAAUACUAGCUUUUCACAGUGCCUUUGA